AUUCGAAUCAAGUUCGGAUUUUUCCGCUUCGACUCUCACAAUCAGUCAAAGGGUUUACAAGAAAAGUUCGCAAAACGGUAAAAUAACAGUUUACCUUGCAAACAGAGACCUCGUCGUCAGUGAAGCAAAAAUAGAUAAGUUACAAGGCGUUCUAUUGGUCGAUCCAGAAUAUCUUCAAGAAAAGAGGGUUUAUGGACAAAUAACGCUGACGUUUCGUUAUGGAAGAGAAGACGAGGAAGUAAUGGGCCUAAAAUUUUGCAACGAGGCAGUUAUGUGUAUCGCCCAACUUUAUCCACCAUAUUCCGGACCAGAUUAUCACGAGAUUAUAGCACCUUUUCAGGAGGCUUUGAUAAAAAAAUUAGGACCAAACGCUUACGCAUUCACCAUGAAACUGGCACCCGUGGCACCGCCAUCGGUGCAAUUGGUACCUGCUAAAGAAUAUACCGGUGCACCCAUUGGAACGAGUUACGAUAUCAGAAUUUACAUGGCUGAUCGACCAGAAGAUAAGUUGCACGAAAAAUCAACCGUUAGAAUGGGGAUUAGAGUGAUUCAACGAACUACGAAACCACCAUUACCAUGUCUUACGAUGUACAGUGUUCCUGCAUUAAAAAUAAUUCCAAGGAUUCCAACUUGCAAAAUAAGAAGUUCCUUUUCAACCAAUGAAAUUCUCGAUGAAGUUGAAGAUAUACCAAGAGCUGCCAUCGAAAAACCAUUUUUAUUGAGCGAUGGACAUGUUGGUUUAGAGGCAAGAUUGGAUCGUGCAAUUUAUACUCAUGAUGAUUCCAUAACCGUCCACGUCAAUGUUAAUAACAAUAGCAGCAAAUCUGUCAGGCGGAUCAAGGUUUUCGUCGUUCAACAUGUCGACGUGUGUAUGUUCAGCAAUGGCAAAUUCAAAAACGUUGUAGCUCUUGUAUCUUCUAAAGAGGGUUGUCCUAUAGGACCAGGGUCCAGUUUGAAAAAAUCUUACACCUUGAAACCUAUCAAAGGAUCCAGUAAGAAUUGGAUUGCUUUGGAAGAUAGUAAUAAUAAGAUUGGUGCUACUUUAGCUUCUACGAUCGUUUGUCCUGGAAACGGUCCAGAAGAUAGAAAUGUUUUUGCUAUUUACGUAUCAUAUUACGUUAAGGUGAAACUGAUAAUAUCAACAAUAGGCGGUGAUGUUUCCUUAAAAUUACCAUUUACUUUAACUCAUACCAAUACUGAUCCAGAAAUCGUUGGGUAUCCAUCACCGAUUAGAGAAUUUUCUAAAUCUUUGAGAAAGAUGGAAGAUAUUAACGAACAUCCGGAUAAAUAUGAUUGUAAUCAAACGAAAAACAAGGAAUCGAUAUUGAAGACUAUAGAGAAGACAAAUAAACAAUCAAGAAUUGUCGACGUUGAUCUAAUAGAACAAUGCGAAGAGGAGGACAGUACCUGAGAGCUGGUUAAAACUGACGAGAUGUCUACUCGACAGUCGCAGAAAGAUAAUAACGAUGUUAAAAAUUAUCAAUUGAAGAAUUCUAAUGAGAAAGACUGUAAGUUAGGUUUUAGUAUACAAAGGGCAUGGUGCUGUUUCAGAAGAGCCUCUUAGUGCAACUGGAAUUUUGAAAUAACAUUUAAUAUUAUUGAUAGAAAUCAAAAUAUGUGAAGUGCAUAUUGAAUGCUUGCCAUAUUGGAAAUGAAUCGAGAAAAUAGAUAUUUUUUAAAAAUACAUUUCCAUGCUCCAGAGAAAGGUUCCUUCAUUCAUCGUCAUUUUAUUGACUGAUUUUAAAUUAUCAAUUUGCAGUACAAAAAAUCGGGAGCUUUCUUUAAUCUUUUAACAUUCUUAAGCUAAUGAUAUAU